UCUCACUUUUAUGGAAAAAUAUUGGAAUAAAAACUAAUAAUAUGGUAACAGUUGUUUUAAACAUACCUCGGCUAUUUAGAGCCGGCUAUCGACCUGAUCCGUCUGAUAUGCAGCAGAUUUUUUCUGAAAACGUAAUCGGCAGCUGCGAAAAAGUGUGCACUGUUAUUUGCAUUCUUCUCCUUGUAACCGGCGUGGCGGUUUCUCUCUCUGGUUACCCUGGUGUUAGUUGUGUACUCUUCUUGAUGAUUCCUGUUGGCUGUUGCUUGUAUUCGCCGCUGAAAAAAACACUGAAUAAAGUGAAUUGGAAAGAGUGCUUUCGCCACUGUAAAAGAAUCUGUUGCUGCUGCUGCUAUUAUUGUUUCGGAACUGCUGAACAAUUUGAUCCUGAAGAAGUUCUGACUCAACUACUGACUCGAGAUUCUCCGACUGAAAGGAGGCCGUUACUGGAAGCAGUGAAUCACGGGUCUCCGACUGAAAGGACGCCAUUACUGGAAGCAAUGAAUCAAAGGACUCCGACUGAAAGGACACCGUUAGUGGAGGCAGAGAAUCAAGAAUCUCUGACUGAAAGGACACCGUUAGUGGAGGCAGAGAAUCAAGAAUCUCUGACUGAAAGGACACCGUUAGUGGAGGCAGAGAAUCAAGAAUCUCUGACUGAAAGGACACCGUUAGUGGAGGCAGAGAAUCAAGAAUCUCUGACUGAAAGGACACCGUUAGUGGAGGCAGAGAAUCAAGAAUCUCUGACUGAAAGGACACCGUUAGUUGAUUCAGAGAAUCAAGAAUCUCUGACUGAAAGGACACCGUUAGUUGAUUCAGAGAAUCAAGAAUCUCUGACUGAAAGGACACCGUUAGUUUAUUCAGAGAAUCAAGAAUCUCUGACUGAAAGGACACCAUUAGUGGAGGCAGAGAAUCCAGAAUCUCUGACUGAAAGUACGCCGGUACCGGAGUCGUUGAAUCAAGAGCGCUCGAUUGAAGGAACGUCGGUACCGGGGCCAGUGAAUCAAGAGCGUUCGAUUGAAGGAACGUCGGUACCGGAGCCAGUGAAUCAAGAGCGUUCGAUUGAAGGAACGUCGGUACCGGAGCCAGUGAAUCAAGAGCGUACGAUUGAAGGAAGUCGGUACCGGAGCCAGUGA